UAUUUAACUGAUAAGGACAGAGAAAAGGACUUCAGUCGUUUUGAAACUUGCUCUUUGCUGUUUCUGCAUUAGUGUUACGUACAUAAAAUGUGGACUCUAGAAAUUUGAUUUACUGUUUCAUUAAGGAAACUGAUGUCCAAGUGACAAGUGUGAAUUGCAGAUUAAGAUUUAGAUAGCCCUAUCAUCUUUAACAGCAGGGAGAAGUUUCUGAGAAAAGAGCCCAAAAAGCUACAAACAUUUGUGAAGAGAGCUCAGAAAUGGGGGUUCCUUUAAAGCUCUUCAGUUUCGCUUUUGGGAUUUUUUACGUAACCUUUGCACGAUGUCAAGAUUGUCUUCCAACUGCAAGUGACAUUCAAUUGGAAGACACAGAACCACUUGACCAACGUUCUUACAAUGAUGGGGAAACAGUAAAAGUAAAUUGCAUUACAGGUUUCAUCGGCAUGUAUAAAUUUAAGUGUAAUAAAGGGAUUUGGGAGAGGACACUUGAUCGAAAAUGCACAAAAAAAAAAUGUGGACAUCCAGGCGACACACCAAAUGGCGAUUUUAGUCUUUUAGGAGGGAACACUGAGUUUGUUUUUGGCGCAACUGUGCAAUACACUUGCAACAAAGGGUACGAAAUGGCAAGUAGAAUAAAUAAGCGGACAUGCAGAAGCAAUGGGUGGGAUAAUGCUGUUCCUGCUUGUGAAAUGGUGAAAUGCCUCACAAUUCACACAGAAGAGGAUGUGAUUGCAACAGGCAACACAGAAGAAGGUAGUUAUGGUGAUGUUAUUCAGUUUGACUGCAAGUCUCCUGAAAAAAGUAUAGAUGGAAGUAGUGACAUUUACUGCAUGGAGACUGGCGAGUGGAGUGCAUCUGUUCCAAAGUGUAAAGAGAUAUCUUGCAAACCGCCUAACCUACGACAUGGGACUAUUAAGCAGAGGAAAGAGUACAAGAGAGAUGACACAUUACAAUAUGAAUGUGAUACAGGAUAUAAACCCAGACAAGGAACUCCUAAGUGCACUAAACAUGGCUGGACUCUGGAGGCAGAAUGUGAAGAUAUUACUUGUGAACUCAAGGAAACCAAAUUUGGAAUAGAAAGAAUUGUGCCAGAGGGAAAACAUUUUUUUAGAGUUGGAGAAACUGUGCAUAUUACCUGCUCUGAAACAUACAGGAUAUUUUUUACCAAAGAAACUGUUAAAACAUUUAAAUGCCUAGAUAAUGGGCAAUGGGAUAACAUGCCUGUUUGCGAGGAGAUAACAUGUGAAGUUCCACGUGACCGUCGUCUUUAUUAUGCGUCUUAUUAUUUCUAUGGAAAUAUGAGAUUGGAUGACAGAAGAACUUACAGAUGUUUGUCUGAUUAUCGUCAAAUGGCAAGUGAGGCCACAUGUACAAAAGAUGGUUGGAAACCUGAUCCACUGUGUGCUGACAUUAUGUGUGAAGCACCAAAAAUCCCAAAUGCUCAGUUUGAAGAACGCACAAGAACUCGCUACGAAGUGUAUUCAAGCAUACUAUAUCAUUGUCGUACUGAACCCCAGCGACGCAUAGAAAUCACCUGUAAUUCCCAGGGCAGUUGGACAAACAUACAGCCCUGUACUGAAAAGAAAGAAUCUUGCACUACACCAACCUUAGAAAAUGGGUACAUACACAGAGACAGCUUCAAAAAGGAAAUUAUCUAUUAUUCAUGCAAUCCGGGUUAUAAACCAGACACUGGGAACUGGUGGGGAGCAGCAACGUGCACCAAUGGGAUCUGGAAAGAUGAGCCACGAUGCACCAGGGUGGACAAAUGUGGUGUUUGGCCCAGCAUUCAAAACGGACACCUGAAGAAUCACACCGAACAAUCUGCUUUAGAGCUUAAAUGUGAUCCAGGGUUCAAACCAUUACACACAUUGAUCAGAUGUGUCAACGGUACAUGGGAGAAACCAACCUGUGAAUUUGUUUUUCUUCCAGUGGAUGAGCAGAGUUGUGCAAGUCCUCCUAAAGUUGAUAAUGCACUCAUCAUCUCUAAACCUCUGACAUUGUAUUUAUCUGGUUCCUAUGUGAAUUAUAAAUGUCGAACAAAUUUCACAAUGGACAGGAAUAGUAAAAUUGAAUGCCGCAAUGCAUCAUGGGAGAAAGCACCUACAUGUGAAGCUUUCUGUUCAAAGCCUCUUCGGAGAGUGAACAAUGCUAUACUGAUUGAUCAAAUCCAAAGUGAGAGGAAAUACUCACAUGGAGACACAGCACACUAUGAGUGUGUUGAUGAUUAUGAAUCUAAUGGACAGACCAUUGCUAAGUGUGAUGCAGAAAGCUGGAUUUACCCAGAAUGCAUUAAAAAAGCUCAGUGUACUAAACCAAUGAACUUGCAGUUUGUGACCCUGGUAGAUGAAAAAAAUACAUUCAGCAACUUUGAUGUUUUGAGAUACACGUGUAAUAAACCAUAUGAUAAAAUACCAAACGGAGCUUUGAAAUGUAAAAAUGGAAAAUGGAACAGCACAUUUGAAUGCACAAGCAGCAUUUGUCCUCCACCACCUAUGAUUGAAAAUGGAGACUUUAACGUCGAGCGGGAGAUAGAUAAAGUUAUCACAUCUGUAACAUACUCUUGCAAGUCUUAUUUUGUGCUGAACGAACAACAGAGAUACCACAGGUGUCUGAAUGGGCAAUGGGAGACUCCUCCAAAAUGUCUGAAGCCUUGCAAAAUUACACCUGACAUUUACAAGGACCACAAUAUAAGACCUGUGUCUGCGGAUUACAUAGAGCACAGUGCUAGAGAAGUUAAACUUUAUUGCAAUAGUGGAUGGAAUGUUGGAGGUUUUUCUAGACACUCAUAUUCAAAAGCAUCAUGCACUGAUGGGGAGUUAAGAAUUGAAAGUAAAUGUAAGGAAAGAAAUUGGACAACAUAUUAAAGAUGAAACACUGAGAUAGAAGAGCACACCUCGGAACAUGACUUGCCAUUUUGCCUUGAACUUCGCGAACAAUGCUGCAAUUUACUUCCCGUUGGAGGCGAGAGGCUGGAUGUAUGCAAAUUAUUUUGAAGGGGAGGGAAUUGAAUUAGAGUGGGGGGUAGUUAGAUGCAUCUUACGUAAUAUGUAACCGUUGUUCAGAUUGGGCCAUUUUCUGGUGGACAUUUUUAAAGGAGGAAUUUCUGUGAAACGGAGAUGUUCAGAAUGUCUAGCAUUUUUUGUAUGUUCGUGAAUGCGGGUAGACUACCGUUUUUUCAUUCUGUUACCUUUAAUCACUGACUUGUUAGAUAACUAAUAAACUGAAAUGUUUCAAUAACUCCUAAUAACUGAUAUCUAGGACUAAAAAUUUUUUUUACACAUUGGGGUUUGUUGUAACACAAUGUUACAACUAGGGCUGUCACUUUUUAUUCGAUACUGGACUAUGCAUUCUAACAUGACGUGAUUUAACCGUAUUCGAACUAUAAAUAAACCAUCCAGUUUUUAAAAUUACAUGUGUAGCGCAUUUUUUGCAGUAACACCUCGUAUUAGGAAGGAGGCUGAGAGUGAGACGGAAACUGUGUGCAAGAGAGGGAAUCAAAUUGGACCAAAAUGAACCUAAUGUGCAUGUCAAGAUAGAGUUAUAGUUUGUAUAUAAAAUGACAUAUUGUUUAUAGUGUUAAAUAUUAUAACAUAAUAAGAAACUUGUGUUAAUACGUUUGCAUUAUGAAAUUAGCAUGUAUGAAGAUAAUUUCAACAUUUUUACAACACAAUGUAAACUUUAUAUUAAACAACAACGGCAUUUGUCUUGUAAACGGAUGUGAAAUGAUCAUGUGCUGACUGUCGCGCGUCACAUAGAUGAGAGAGUCAAGUGAGAUCUGCUUAACUCAGCGGUAAGUU